AUGUCGUCAAAGAAAAAACAGGUCAGGCCCGUGGUGCCUACCAAAAAGGAGAAAGAGGCGGACCUGGUGAUGGGAACAAACAAUAGCAGUAUCGUGUCGAAACGCAGCGUCGAGCUUAGAUACUUUCCCCAAAAUCAAUUCUUUCGUUAUUUCGUGAAAAAGCCUCAGAGGCGGGCUCCCUUGAUCAACAGAGGAUAUUGGCUCAGAAUGCAUGCGAUUGCGGAGACCGUGCGGCAGUUUUUGGAAAAUUCAGAUACGCGCCCUAAGUUUGUCCUCAAUCUUGGAUGUGGAUAUGACCCGCUAGCCUUCCAGUUCCUCAAGAGUGAGGAGUCGAUAUGUAAAACCGUGACCUUCGUGGAUAUUGACUAUGAAAAACUGAUGGGCAUUAAAACCUCGGUGAUCCAACAAACGGACAACUUGAGGAGUAUACUGGGAGAGAUAAAGACAUUUCCAGAACCGAGCCCUGUUCUCCUACAAGCUCCGCACUAUGUUGCCGUGGGCUGUGAUUUGAAAAAUUUGAAGAAGCUCGAAGACGCUCUGAAGGAAGUCCUAGGCUCUUCCCCUGCCUCGGUCCUCUGCAUAGCGGAGGUUUCGCUCACUUAUAUGGAUGUCCAGUCCGCAGAUGCCCUCAUUUCUUGGAUUCCGAAGCUAGAUAAAGAUGUUCAAUUCUGCCUCCUGGAGCAAUUCUUCCCAGAUGGUCCUGAUCACCCUUUUGCAUCUACGAUGAUGAACCAUUUCCACAAACUUCACGCUCCCCUUCAUUCUAUCCACAAGUACCCAACGCUCCGCAUGCAGGAACAGCGGUUCUCUUCACGAGGCUGGAAAUAUGCCUCUGCGAGGACUCUAUGGGAUAUCUGGAACGACAACUCAUUUGUCAGCAAAUCCCAAAGGAUGAAUCUGGAUGCGAUAGAACCAUUCGACGAGUGGGAAGAGUUUGCAUUAUUUGCUUCUCACUAUUUUGUUUUGUCAGCAUCUACUUUUGGCCAAGAACGUCAACACCAUGACAGCGUGAAUGAAUCUGAUAUCGCUGAUUACGAUGACUUGCCACGGACUCCAUUGAGGCUGGUUUCUCACCACCCAACAUCCUUUAAGGGCUAUCGGAGAUUCGCUGCUAUGGUUCCAGACAGUGCUGAUUCGAUUGGUGUUCAUGGAGGACUAGGAACCCAGUCUCGUUUACUGUCUACAGAUCUGUAUACGAGGGGGAACAAGCUCACCAAACCAGCUUGUACUUUACCACCCCAUCAUAUCUCUGCGCGUAUGUGCCAUACUACCACCACACUAAGUCAGGGGGGUUGCCUGCUUGUUGGGGGUCGUGCGUCGCCUACAGCAGGCCUGGCUGAUUGCUGGAUUCGGAAGGACGAUGUUUGGAAACCGGCAUGCUCUCUUCCAUAUCCUCGCUUCCGUCAUUGUGCAGCACGGGUCAAAUUUGAUGACGAGGCGGAGAGCGUGUUGAUAUAUGGCGGAAAAUCUAACAAAGGCGACACUUUAAAUGAUUGGCUGCUUUGGGAUGAGAACAAAGGAUGGCAAACAGUCGAGUUUGUUGGUGAAACUGACGUACCUAGUCGAUUUGGGGCUCAGAUGGUUAAUAUUGAUUCUUCUUCCGGCUAUCUUUUCGGAGGCAUGUCUCAGGAUGGGGUGGUCAGGAGUGAUUUCUGGAAAUGGACCCUAGAGAAGCAACCGGAUGGAUCCAAAAGUAUUCGCCUUUUGGACCAAAGUGGAAAACUACGAAAUGCCUCAAAGCUUGCUACCUACGUUGGACGCUUUGGUGCGUCGGUGAACGUUGUCUCCAAUAAGCUUGUCAUCAUAGGCGGUAUUGGCGUUCAAGGUGUUCUCUCCGAGGGAUUGGAGAUCCUCUGUCUAGACAUUACAGAUCUAGGUCGCAGCGAGUGGAGAUCCUCAGUUGUGCAAAUAAUCAAAGCCCGUACUGAGUCUCCAGCCUUUCGACCGCUUCUCGCCGGCCAUGUUUCUUGCAGUGUCGAUUCUUCUUCGGCUCUGGUGGUGUCUGGAGGAGCGGUUUGCUUCUCAUUCGGAACCUUCUGGAACAGAUACAUAUGGCAAAUACAGGGUGUUUCAUCAGUCGGGAAAUCGGAUGAGUGGGAUUCUUUACAGGUGCCGGAGAACACGGGCACAAAUAAAGUAGACCACCCUUCUGCGAAAUACUCAACUAACAAGGGUGAAUUGAACGAAAUAAAGAGCAUUCCCCGGUUAUCCAUAAAAACGGCGGCGGACUUUGAGCAUAUUAUGAACCAAGCAAAACCGGUGGUCAUAACAGGCAGUGAUGUAGGACGGUGCACUGAAUUAUGGUCGAAACAGUAUCUGGUGCAGACGCUCGGGUUUGACCGCAAAGUCGUGGUUCACGAGGCUCAGACUGAUCAUAUGAAUUUUCAAAAGAAAAACUUUUCAUACACUACCAAAGAUUUCGGCACAUUCAUGGAAGAAAUUCACCAGGGAGGCCGUCAGUAUCUGAGAUCCAUAUCAGCCGAUCAACCGGCCAAAAAGGCAGCAAAUUUUGCGGAAGAUUUCCCUGAAAUCAAGAACGACUUUUCUCUUCCGCCACAGCUUAGUUUCGUGCAGGAUAAUGCUCACAGCUCGCCUUUGCGCAUCUCGGGGCCUGUCACGAUGUGGUUACACUAUGAUGUCAUGGCCAAUGUAUACUGCCAGAUUCAGGGCCAGAAGAAGCUGGUUCUAUACCCACCAACGGAUGUUCAAUAUCUUGAAUUACCGCCUGGAGCUUCGAGCUCCACACUCAAUAUUUUCGACGACAUCAAGGAAGGGCAAAUUGUGCCUGUGCCACAUACUUCACCUCAUGAAGCAACACUCAGCUCUGGAGACAUCUUGUUCAUUCCGCCGUUGUGGUUGCAUGCUGCUGCACCCAUUGAGGGGGUUAGUGUUGCAGUCAAUGUGUUUUUCCGCAGUCUAGACAAGGGGUAUGCUGCGGGUCGAGAUGUUUAUGCCAAUAGGGACCUGCAUGCCUAUGAAAAAGGUCGCCAGGAUGUGGAUAAGAUUGUGCGAUCUUUUGACGGUAUCCCACCGGACAUGGCUUCGUUCUACCUUUUGAGGUUGGCCAAUGAAUUGAAAGCGAAGGCUUGGACGUGA